AUGAGUGAAGUAUACGAAGGUGCUAUUGGUAUCGACUUGGGUACCACCUACUCUUGCGUUGCCGUUUGGGAAACUGCUAAUGUUGAAAUUAUCCCCAACGACCAAGGUGCUCGUACCACCCCUUCUUUUGUUGCUUUCACCGAAACUGAACGCUUGGUUGGUGAUGCCGCUAAGAACCAAGCUGCUAUGAACCCUCGUAACACCGUUUUUGACGCUAAGCGUCUCAUCGGUCGUCGUUACGAAGAUCCUGAGACCCAAAAGGACAUUAAGCACUGGCCCUUCAAGGUUAUUGACAACAAUGGUAUCCCUACCAUUGAAGUUAACUACUUGGGUGAAAAGAAGCAAUUCACUGCUCAAGAAGUCUCCGCUAUGGUUUUGACUAAGAUGAAAGAGAUCUCCGAAGCUAAGUUGAACAAGCGUGUUGAGAAGGCUGUUGUUACCGUCCCCGCUUACUUCUCUGACUCUCAACGUGCCGCCACCAAGGACGCUGGUGCCAUUGCUGGUCUCAAUGUCCUCCGUAUCAUCAACGAACCUACCGCUGCCGCCAUCGCUUACGGUCUUGAUGCCAAGACUGCUGAAGCCAAGAACGUUCUCAUCUUCGAUCUUGGUGGUGGUACCUUCGAUGUCUCCCUCUUGAAGAUUCAAGGUGGUGUUUUCGAAGUUUUGGCUACUGCUGGUGACACUCACUUGGGUGGUGAAGACUUUGACGCUGCUUUGGUUGAACACUUCAUCCAAGAAUUCAAGCGUAAGCAAAAGAUUGACAUCUCUGAAGAUCCUCGUGCUCUCCGUCGUCUUCGCUCUGCUUGCGAACGUGCUAAGCGUGCCUUGUCUUCUGUCACUCAAACCACUAUCGAAGUUGACUCUCUCUCCAACGGUAUUGACUUCUCUUCUAGCAUCACCCGUGCUCGUUUCGAGGACAUCAAUGCUACUACCUUCAAGAAGACCAUCGACCCCGUUGCUAAGGUCUUGAAGGACUCUAAGGUUGCUAAGGGUGAUGUUCACGAUAUUGUCCUUGUUGGUGGUUCUACCCGUAUCCCCAAGGUUCAAAGACUCGUUUCCGACUUCUUCCAAGGCCGUCCUCUUAACAAGUCCAUCAACCCCGAUGAGGCCGUCGCCUAUGGUGCUGCUGUCCAAGCCGCUGUCCUUACCAACAAGGCUGACUCUGACAAGACCGCUGACUUGCUUUUGUUGGAUGUUGUUCCCCUCUCUUUGGGUGUUGCUAUGGAAGGUAACGUUUUUGGUGUUGUCUGCCCCCGUAACACUGCCAUCCCUACCAUCAAGAAGCGUACUUUCACCACCGUUGGUGACAACCAAACCUCUGUUACUUUCCCUGUCUACCAAGGUGAACGUGUUAACUGCACUGAAAACGAAGCCCUUGGUGAAUUCCAACUUACCGGCAUUCCCCCCAUGCCCCGUGGUCAAGCUGAAUUGGAAGCCACCUUUGAAUUGGAUGUUAACGGUAUCUUGAAGGUUACUGCUCUUGAGAAGACCACUGGUCGCACUGCUCACAUUGAGAUCACCAACUCCGUUGGUCACCUCUCCUCCGCUAAGAUUCAAGAAAUGAUUGAGAACGCCGACAAGUUCAAGCAACAAGACAAGGACUUCGCUAAGAAAUUGGAAGCUAAGAGCCAACUCGAGGCUUACAUUUCUAACAUCGAGACCACCAUCUCUGAACCUAAUGUUAUGAUGAAGUUGAAGCGUGGUGACAAGUCUAAGAUCGAGCAACAAUUGGCUGAAUGCAUGUCCCAAUUGGAACUUGAAGAUUCUAACACCGAUGCUCUCCGUAAGUCUGAACUUCGCCUUAAGCGUACCGUUCAAAAGGCCUUUGCCUCUCUCCGUUAA